AUGGGUAUCUCGCCGGAAACCCUUGCGCUCCAGAAUAGUGUGACCUCGGCAGCCAUUAUAGAAGAGUUCAAGAGCGAUGCCGCAUUCAAGCAGGUGGCAGAGCGAUUGAUGAAGGAGAUCAUGCAGCGUGACCAGGAAGACGGGGACAAGCUGGCCAAGGGCAUUCAGCUUGCAGUAGACAAGAAGGUUCUACCAGCUGACGUUGCAGUUGAGCCCAUCACGAAGGUCAGCGUUUCAGGGAAGAGCGCCGAGCAAGUUGCUGAUGAAAUUAUAGCAGCACUGGGCGAGGCCCCAUCCAAGGGCUGUGUCAUGACACUGCAGGGCCUUUCCGGCACGGGAAAAGGCACAACCGUUGACAAGCUCAGGGAGAAGCUACCAAAUGCCCAAACCUGGAGCAAUGGCAACCUGUUCCGGUCCAUCACGCUGUUGGCCGUUACUAGCUCUGAGCAGAAGGGCUGCGACCUCACGGAAGUUUUGACGCCAGCCGACUUGGAAACAUUCUGCGGGAUGCUGGAGUUCGGCAAGUUUAACGACAAGUGGGAUGUCAAAAUAGAGGGUUUGGGUUGCAAGCACUUCGUCUCCGAAGUUGAGAAGACCGUGCUCAAAGAGUCCAAAGUGGGCAAGAACAUUCCCACUGUCGCAGAGGUCACCCAAGGGGAGGUUGUCAACUUUGUGCAGAAGGCACUGGCCUUGAUGGCAGCUGGUGGCACAAACGUGCUGCUCGAAGGCCGUGAGCAGACACUGAAUCACAUCCGCACUCCGCACCGUUUCGAGCUGGUUCUCGAUGAGCCCGUGAUCAUUGGCAUGAGACAGGCAGCGCUGCAAAUGGGUGCAAAAGCCAAUGACAAGGUCAAGGCCAUGGACAAGGCUGAUGAGGCAGCAGUCAAGGCUGCACUGGAGGAAGUCCAUGCACAAAUCAUGGAGCUGAAGAGUGCCCAUGACCUGCUAGACCUUGCUGGAGAAUUCGUGAAUGAGUUCGCAGUUUUCCACGCGUCAGCCGCGCUACACCGGAUAGCGAAGGCCGAUGACCACCACCAGGUGAAGGGCGAUGAGCGGUUGCGUGUACUGGCUUCCAAAGCCACACGAGAGCUGGUCAAGUGGGACAAGCUGAAGAAGCCACAGACGAUGUCUAAAAUCGUGUGGGCCAUGGCUAAGCUGGACCUCAGGCUACACAAGCUAGUCGCCAAGGUCUCUGAUGAGGCGCUACAGAAGCUGCCGGAGUUUGAGCCGCAACAGCCCCUGGGUGAUUUCGUGGGGGCACUGCGUGGCCGCGUCUCCACUCUGGCGCCGCUGGGCCGCGCGAACCUCUGCUGGGCCGUGGCGAAGCUCCAGGUGCGCGAAGCGUCGCUGAUGCAGGAGUUGGCACAGCAGACGUUUCAUCGUGGCCAAAACCUAGCGAAUACCAGUUGGGCUUUUGCCACCCUUCGAGUGGCUGAUGAGCGCUUUUUCGACUCGGUCGCGAAGGUGGUGGCAGCCCAAUGUAGCGAUUUUGCUCAACAGAACAUCAGCAACACUGCCUGGGCAUUUGCGAAGCUGCAAAUCAAGAGGCCCGAGAUGAUGGCAGCCAUUUCACGGUGUGUGCAGCGGCGAGCUGCAGAAAUGCCGGCACAAGGAAUUGCUAACACUGCCUGGUCGUUUGCAACGCUGAACAUCAGGGAUGACGCCCUCAUGCGAGGACCUUGA